UAUCGUUUGUGUAACCACGGUCUUACUGCUUAGUGGUUGUAAAAAUUCCGUGACUGUGUUUCGGUGUAUCUUCGAUUUUAAACGCGAAUUACCCAACGAAAUAUUGCAAAAUACCGUGGAAAACAGUGUGCACCCGCCCAACGACCUUGCGUAGUGGCAAAAUGUCUUGUGCGGCCACUCUCUCGUCAGCCAAGGACUCGACAAAUGCGGCGAAUGCAAGUGCAAAUGCCAAUGGAGCACCAACAAACAGCAAUACCAACACUAACACACAGUCUACGGCUGUGGGUGUGGUAGUGAGCAGUGCAACGGGUGGUGGGGGUGGUGGUGCUCCUAUUCCCGGUGGCAACACCUCAUCUGCCAAUACCUCCGCCUCAGGGGGCACGGCAACGGGAGGUGGAGGCAAUUCAGCAGCAGCCCUCGUGCGAAGAUUCUCAAUGGAAGGCGUGGGUGCAAGGGUGAUCCGCGGACCGGACUGGAAGUGGAACAAACAGGAUGGCGGCGAAGGACACGUGGGCACCGUUCGCAAUUUCGAAUCCGCCGAGGAAGUGGUGGUAGUCUGGGACAAUGGCACUGCUGCUAACUAUCGCUGCGCCGGAGCCUAUGAUCUUCGCAUCCUGGACAGCGCUCCCACUGGCGUAAAGCACGAAGGCACCAUGUGCGAUACAUGUCGCCAGCAACCGAUCUUUGGAAUCCGCUGGAAAUGUGCCGAGUGCAUCAACUACGAUUUGUGCUCCAUCUGCUACCACGGUGAUAAGCAUCACCUGAGACAUCGUUUCUAUAGAAUCACCACACCAGGAGGAGAGCGGACUAUGCUGGAACCGCGACGAAAAUCCAAGAAAGUGCUGGCUAGAGGUAUCUUUCCUGGAGCCCGUGUGGUGCGUGGCGUGGAUUGGCAGUGGGAGGAUCAAGACGGAGGAGUUGGCCGACGUGGCAAGGUCAACGAAAUCCAGGAUUGGUCCUCGGCCUCACCAAGAUCCGCCGCCUAUGUAAUCUGGGACAAUGGCUCCAAGAAUCUGUACCGCGUGGGCUUCGAGGGAAUGGCAGAUCUCAAGGUCGUAAACGAUGCCAAGGGCAGUAAUGUUUACAGGGAUCACCUGCCCCUUCUAGGCGAAAAUGGACCCGGAAAGGGACCGCAUGGCUUCCAAAUCGGCGAUAAGGUUACAGUGGACCUUGAUCUCGAAAUCGUCCAAUCUCUUCAGCAUGGACAUGGCGGCUGGACCGAUGGCAUGUUCGAGUGCCUAAGCAACGCUGGAAUGGUCGUGGGCAUUGAUGAGGAUCACGACAUUGUGGUUGCCUACAAUUCCGGCAACCGCUGGACCUUCAAUCCAGCAGUCCUCACUAAAGUAUCCUCGCCAACCACAGCUCCUCCGGAGUUCCAAGUGGGCGACAUCGUGAAAAUCUGUUCGGAUGUGGAAAGCAUCAAGAUUCUUCAGCGUGGGCACGGCGAGUGGGCCGAUGCCAUGCAGUUGACUCUGGGCAAGAUUGGUCGCGUGCAGCAGGUCUACCACGAUAAUGAUCUUAAGGUGGAAGUGGGCAACACGUCAUGGACCUACAAUCCGUUGGCCGUUUGUAAGGUGGCCUCUUCCACUGCUUCCGAUGGGAGCUGUGCUCCGGUUAUCCCGAGUGGUGAACGUCUAUCGGCCAUUCUCAAGAAGCUGUUCGAACCAAAUGUCUCUGGCGAUGCCACUGAGGAGUUCGUAAAGGCAGCAGCCAAUGGAUUUGCUGCUCGUUGCGAGGAAUAUCUAGCCGGUGCAGCUCAACCUUCAACUUCCAGUGCCUCGCCUAGUUCCGGGCCGGAUGUGAAUGUGAAUGGUGUGUUUGCCGGACAUACGGCCUUGCAAGCAGCCAGCCAGAAUGGGCACAUCGAGGUCAUACAGGUGCUACUGCGCCACGCCGUCGACGUCGAGAUUGAGGACAAGGACGGAGAUCGCGCGGUUCACCAUGCCGCCUUUGGUGAUGAAGCAGCUGUAAUCGAGAUUUUGGCCAAAGCUGGGGCGGAUCUGAAUGCGCGGAAUAAGCGAAGACAAACGUCUCUCCAUAUUGCCGUCAAUAAGGGUCAUUUGAAUGUUGUGAAGACACUACUUACACUCGGUUGCCAUCCUAGCUUGCAGGACUCCGAGGGCGAUACACCUCUUCACGAUGCCAUAUCAAAGGAGCACGACGAGAUGCUCUCCCUGUUGCUGGACUUCGGGGCUGACAUCACGCUAAACAACAAUAACGGAUUCAAUGCCUUGCAUCAUGCAGCGCUUAAGGGUAAUCCCAGCGCAAUGAAGAUUCUGCUGACCAAGACAAACCGUCCUUGGAUCGUCGAAGAAAAGAAGGAUGAUGGCUAUACCGCCCUGCACCUGGCGGCACUGAACAAUCACGUUGAGAUUGCCGAAUUACUCGUUCAUAUGGGUAAAGCAAAUAUGGACCGUCAGAAUGUGAAUCUCCAGACGGCUCUGCAUCUCGCAGUGGAGCGUCAGCAUGUACAGAUUGUGAAACUGCUAGUGCAGGAUGGAGCAGAUCUUAACAUACCCGACAAGGACGGGGAUACGCCGCUGCAUGAAGCACUCCGGCAUCACACUCUUUCGCAGUUAAAGCAAUUGCAGGAUGUGGAGGGCUUUGGUAAGCUAUUGAUGGGCCUAAGGAAUGCCAAUAACAAGAAGGCUUCUGCUUCAAUUGCUUGCUUCUUGGCUGCCAAUGGUGCUGAUUUGACCUUGAAGAAUCGAAAGCAGCAGACCCCAUUGGACUUGUGUCCAGAUCCUAAUCUGUGCAAGACCCUGGUAAAGUGCUAUAAUGAAAGGAAAACCGACGAUUCUGAAUUACCCGGAAAUGUGGCUGGCACAAGCUCAAAUGCCAGGGCAAGAGCCGCCAGUGGUGGUCUCAAUCAAUCUUCCUCAGCCAGCUUGCCGCUGGCCAGUAUGGCUGCCUCAUCUACCUUCCCCGCCGCAUCAUCUUCCAUAUUUGCCCUUAAUGGUAUCUCCAACGAAAUGAGCCAGUCCCUACACGAGGAUCCCCCGAAAUCGACCGCCAGCCUGGACGAGUGUCUGGUUUGUUCGGAUGCCAAGCGAGACACGGUAUUUAAGCCAUGUGGCCAUGUCAGUUGUUGCGAGACCUGUGCUCCAAGGGUGAAGAAGUGCCUCAUCUGCCGGGAAACCGUAUCGUCACGCGAAAAGAUCGACGAGUGCCUCGUGUGUUCGGAUCGGAGGGCAGCUGUUUUUUUCCGCCCCUGUGGCCAUAUGGUUGCGUGUGAGCACUGCAGUGCUUUGAUGAAGAAGUGCGUCCUAUGCCGUACACAGAUCGAUGAAAUCUUGUCAUUUAGUCUCUGCUGCGGUGGAAUUGGACGACCAGAGAAGGUAUCUGCGGUAGCCGGAGGAGUGACUAGCGUGGGAUUGCCACUACCCGAUGAACGAUACAUGGAGGCAGCUGCAGCGGCAGCCUGUGCCAAUGCCUCUGGCCAUAGCGUAGCCAUGAACAACACUGUAGUAACUCCGGUGGCUGGCAGCAGCAAUCAAUUGAAUAGCCAAAACAAUCUCUUGGCCGCUGCAGCAGCCUCUUCGAAUGUCUCGAAUUUAGCAGCAGCUGGGAGCGUAAUGGUAGCUCCAUCCAAUGUCAACAACUUCCAGAUGGACGAUGUACAGAAAUUGAAGCAGCAGUUGCAGGACAUCAAGGAGCAAACUAUGUGCCCCGUAUGCUUCGAUCGCAUCAAGAAUAUGGUCUUCCUAUGUGGCCAUGGCACGUGCCAGAUGUGCGGUGACCAGAUCGAGGGAUGCCCCAUCUGCCGCAAGACGGUGGAGAAACGCAUCCUGCUCUUCUGAAGUCCUUUUCCGGCACACACAU